CAAGUUGAUUGUUUGGAAGUGUUAUUCGUUAUUUAUUUUGUUAUAUAUUAGAUGGUGUUAGUUUCAUUAAAAAGAAACCUAAUUCAUUAAAUUAGAUUUAAGAAACAGAAAAUGCCUUACGCAAAUCAACCCUCUGUUCACAUAACAGAACUAUCUGAUGAAAAUGUAAAAUUCGUUGUGGAAGAUACCGAAUUAAGCGUAGCAAACAGUAUGAGACGCGUAUUUAUCGCUGAAACACCAACAAUGGCCAUCGAUUGGGUACAGUUAGAAGCUAAUUCCACCGUUUUGAGCGAUGAAUUCUUAGCACACCGCAUCGGUCUCAUUCCGCUCAUAUCAGACGACGUUGUAGACAAAAUCAGGUACUCGCGUGAUUGCAUGUGUGUUGAUUUUUGUUCCGAAUGCAGUGUCGAAUUUACAUUAGACGUAAAAUGCACAGAUGAACAAACAAGACAUGUAACAACUGCUGAUUUGAAAUCGAGCGAUCCUAGAGUUGUCCCUGUUACAUCACGACAUAGAGAUGAAGACCAGGCCGAUUAUGGUGAAGCAGAUGAAAUAUUGAUCAUUAAGUUACGCAAGGGUCAGGAAUUGAAGCUUCGGGCAUAUGCAAAAAAAGGUUUUGGGAAAGAGCAUGCAAAAUGGAAUCCAACUGCUGGUGUGUCCUUUGAAUAUGACCCUGAUAAUAUAAUGAGACAUACGUUAUAUCCAAAACCAGAUGAAUGGCCCAAAAGCGAGCACACUGAACUUAAUGAAGAUCAGUAUGAGGCGGACUUCAACUGGGAAGCGAAACCAAACAAAUUCUUUUAUAAUGUAGAAUCAUCAGGAGCUCUUAAACCAGAGAAUAUUGUAUUAAUGGGAAUAGUUGUACUGAAAAACAAAUUACUGAAUCUUCAAGUGCAGUUAGCGCAAGAGGCACAAAAUGAUGCCUUAGCAAUUAAUUGAUUUCAUAAAAUCUAAUAUUACAAUAAAUUUA